UCUGUCAGUCUGUCAUAAUUCAGGCAUGUCAUAAAAUAGUCUAUUUUCAUUAUUCAUAAAAUAUUUUUCAAUCAUCCGUUUUUAUUUUUUAUUUGUUAAAUUUGGUCUAUUUAUAUUAUUCUAUCGUGAUGUUGAUCGUUAUUCGGUCAAAUGUUUAAAAUUGAAUAUAGGUAUGGCUUCUGUGAAAGUGGAUUCAAAACAUAAGUGUGCUGCAAAGAAUUGUUUUAAGCGACCUCAUAAGGCUGGCGAAAGUUUAUUUAGGUUUCCUAAAGAUACACAGAGUAUAAAUAUACUGCAGUGAGUUAGAUUAUGAGGAAAACUCUAUAAAAAUGGUGAACUGCAUGGUUUUGUGGUGCCCAAAUAAAGGCACUAUUAAUGGACUAUCGUAUUUUAGAUUAACAAGACGUAGGCAUCAUAUGUGGAUGAGGGCAUUAGGAAGAGAUCCGACUAUAGAAACAUUGAACACGUACAAUGUCGUGUGCAGUAAUCACUUUUUGGAAUCGGAUAUAAUUACGAAUCGUGCCAAAUUAUACCUUCGGGAAAAUGCUAUUCCCAGAUUGAAAUUAAAAAAACCUAAAAUCGUUUUCACACCAAGCCGUUCUAAAAGGGCUAAAGAAUGGGCAAUAACCGCCGGAAGAGAGGAUUUAUUGAAAAAAGUCGACACUCUCUAUAAAGGACAUCGUAUUUGUGGGGAUCAUUUUGAAAAAGAAAUGUUUUCGACCCCGGAAUGUAACAGACUUCUGGCACAAGCCAAACCAACGAUCUUUCAGCAUUCAAAACCAGAACCUGAACAAUCGAUUACUGAUCACCCACACUCGCUAGUUGAAACUAAGAUACUUGAAAAUAUUUUGAGUUCACAAAACGAAGACUCUUCAAUGUUGGAGGAGACUGUACCCUUGUCGUCAGGCACAGACGAUCUACUUUUACAUCACGAAAUAGACAUCAAAACGGUACCAGUUUCGUCUACGAACUCCCAAACUUGGAACUCGCAGACUCAAACGGUAUUAGACAAGCAAGAGGCAUCAAUGAAACGGCAGAUAGCUUAUUUAAUGAACGACAACUGCCGUUUGAUACGACAAAUAAGAGAACUGGACGCUCAGGUGGAAGUGAAGCGCAAUCAAAUACUGAAAACCUUGACAAUGGAAGAAUUUCAGGAUAUCCUUAAAAAAUUCAAAAAUUCAGAGCAACAGUCUGAUUCGGAAAUUUUAAAACCCAACGAAUCGGACGAUGUUGUGGUCAAAAUUGAAGCUGAAGAUGUAGCGGUGAAAGUGGAAGAUGCACCUGAAUGGGAAGAUGAUAUAGUCAAAGUGGAAAAUCCAGUGAAAUGGGAAGAUGUUGUAGUUAAAACGGAAUCAGAAGAUGUAGCAGUGAAAGUGGAAUAUGAAGAAGUUUUCGUGAAAACGGAAGAUAUAGUGAAAAUGGAAACUGAUUAAAAACUAAAGUGUUUUCGUGAACAAAUCUAAAGAAUGCUGUCUAAAAACGUCAGAAAGACUAAUGCAAUGAUGUUGAACAGAAUGAGGAACGGUUCAUAAUGAAGUUGAGCUACUAUUUGCUUUUAAUGACGAUAUUUUUACAAGAAUAUAUAAAAACACACUAUGUAUUAUAUUGAGUAUAUUUCACCUUUUAUUUAUUUUAUUUUGAUACUGGUUCUUCAGAAGAGUGUACAAUUUUUUUUUGUAAUUAAAUAUACUAGUUUAUUAAGUAUAA